UGUCACCGAUCGCGGCCAUGGCGGAUGAACCAAAGACAGGAAACUCACCCAAGUCUAAAAAGUGCUGCGACUGUGGAUGUCUACAGACUUGCAGUAACUUCGUUAAUACUUCUUUGGAAAGAUUCUUUUAUUGGCUAGGGGCAAAGAUUGGCAGAAAUCCCUGGAUUACAAUUAUUAUCUGCUUUGUUGUAUCUGGUCUAUGGAUAAUUGGACUUUUGAACUUUACUGAGGAGAACCGUGGGGAAAAACUUUGGGCUGCAGAUGAUUCUAUUGCCAUCAAACAUGGCGACUGGGUCAGUGCAAACUUUCCGUCGCAGUCUAGAAUCUCUAGUAUUCUUGUUGUGGCAAGUAAUGUACUCAUUCCUGCUGUACUCACUCAGCUCUUGGAAAUUGACAAGAAAGUGAAGCUGAUCAAAAAUGGAACUGAAAACAGCUGGGAGAAAUUAUGCUUCAGGUUGGGGCCUAACUGCUUUGACUCAAGCCUUCUGGAACUAUGGUCUUUUAAUGAGACAACAAUCAGGGCACUUUCACAGUCUGACAUCUUGGAUAAAAUCAACCAGCCCAAUCUAAGGAGCCCAAUUACAGGAAGGCUGUUUGUUAAAGAUGAAGUCCUCGGAGAAAUGAAAAAAGGUUCCAGUGGGAAGAUAACAGGAGCAGGCGCAAUGAAGGCAUCAUAUGGGAUUAAAGCUGUAGAGGAAGUAUCUUCAAGUGGAUCAGCGUCCUUCCCUAAAAAUGAAGACUGGGAGAAAGAAUUUGGCAAGAUACUUGACAACUUGCCAUCAACGGCUCCAGGAACAUAUUACUACUUCUCUCGAUACACCUUUUCUGAUGCGGCUGGGAAUUCCAUUCAGGGUGAUGUAACCCUGUUGUCUGCUGGCUACAUGUUAAUCAUUGUUUAUGUCGUCAUUAUGCUUGGCCAGUUUACAAGACUAAGGCUUAAGGCAUGGCUAGGUGUGGCAGGCGUCAUAUGUGUUGGACUGUCCAUUGGCGUCAGCUUUGGAAUGUCCAGUGCCUUUGGGGUAUUCUAUGGCCCUGUCCAUUCUGUAUUACCAUUUCUUCUGCUAGGUAUUGGGGUGGAUGAUAUGUUUGUCAUUGUACAAGCCUGGAAUAACCUAACUCCUGAGGAGCAUAAGACCAAGGAAGUGCACGAGCGCAUUGCUCUGACACUUCAGCAUGCAGGAUGUUCCAUCACAAUUACAUCACUGACAGAUUUUCUAGCCUUCCUGAUUGGUGCUUCUACUGUCCUUCCUGGUUUGCAGUCAUUUUGUAUUUAUGCUGGACUAGGAAUUCUCAUAGACUUUAUACUACAAAUCACCCUGUUCUCUGCAUUUCUCACCCUUGAUGGAAGAAGGGAAGACCGGAAACGUGAUGGUUGUUGCUGCUGCUGUAUUGUGCUUCCUGUUGAUUAUACUGAGUCUCAAUGUGGCAGCCGGGAGCUUAUGAAAGUGUUUUUUGAAAGCUACUACUGCAAAGCUAUCCUAAGUCUUCCUGGAAAGGUCAUCGUCAUGAUUAUCACUGGAGUCCUAUUUGGCUUAAGUCUGUACGGCACUCUCAUGUUGAAGCAGGAUUUUGACGCUAUUUGGUUCCUCCCCACCAAGUCUAUGGCUUACAAAUACACCAUUGAAAAUGAUAAGUUCUUCCCUUCAUCAGGGGAAAGAGCUGCGUUAUAUGCAGGGAAAAUCAAUUACUUUGAAGAUCAGCUAAAGCUCCAUAAAUUACGUGAGGUUACCAUUGCUGACUCAGGCGUCGUAGACUCAUCUGUGAAGAGCUGGUUUGAUGACUACGUGGACUGGGCUAAAGUCAGCAAGCCUGCCGCCAACUUUAAUGCUGAGAAAAGCAAGAUCCUUAAUGAAACGCUGUUUUACACUUGGUUGAAUGAAUACCUUGGUGGUCCUGGCAGAACGUAUGCAAGUGAUGUUAAGAUGUACAACACAUCCAAUGGAAAACGAAUAUCUGCUACCCGCAUUACUUAUAAUCAUAAAGCCAUGGACUCCUCCCAAGAUGAGGUGAAGGCUAUGGAGAGCUUGCGUGACCGAGUUAAAGAAAUCUACCCAGACGACAUGAUUGUGUUCACUUAUGGCGCCCAGUAUCCUGGGUGGGAAACCAACAAGAUUAUAUUACUAGAGCUGUAUCGUAAUAUUGCUCUGGCUCUUCUGGCUGUGUUUAUUGUUACUAUUGUCGUUAUUGCAAAUCUGUGGACAGCCCUGAUGGUGUUUACUUGUGUUGCCUUUACGCUGGUGGACCUGUGCGGGUUUAUGUACUUUUGGGGUCUGACUAUCGACACCAUCACCACGAUCCAGCUGGUGCUUGCGGUUGGCUUAGCAGUGGACUACUCUUCGCAUAUUGGGCACAUGUUCAUGAUCACUCCAGGCACGCACGAAGACCGGGCUCGCAUCACAAUGCGUGACAUGGGCCCAGCAGUGUUGAACGGAGGCUUCAGCACGUUCCUCGCCUUUGUUCUUCUUGCAGCGUCAGACUCCUACAUCUUUGGCGUAUUUUUCAAGAUCUUCUUCCUGGUGGUUCUGUUUGGCAUGUGGCAUGGCAUGGCUUACCUACCCGUCCUCCUAUCGUCUAUCGGUCCCGCGCCAUACCUCUCAGCACAAGUAUCUGAUCGUCACAACAAGUCCGGGCGCGCUUCGCCCGUCCACCCAAAGAGCGAGAACGUGGAACUUCCCGAGAAAAACACGCGAGGACAAUCGGCAGGUGUCCAACAGUCACAGCCCGUGCAAAAUGAUGGCUUCUACAUUCCUCCGCCUGAUUAUGACGGUCGUGAGGUGGACGAUACCCUCAAAUCAUCGUCUCCUGUAAACAAAGGAUACAGCGGCAGCUCAAGUAGCCUGAAGAUCUAAGUAUAGUUUAUUUCUGGUGUCAACUUGAACAGUUGAAACUUUUUUUAGAAGCCUCUAGCUUGCUUAGCAACCGCUCUUUGUGUCACGCGGCUGCUAAGCAGACUAAGAAGCCUCUAGCCUGCUUGCAGACGGUACCCGGUUAUCAUCGCGGAAAAUCGUUAUCAUCGCGGAAAACCCUCUCCGUUCGAUGAUCGGGCGCCAUAUUGUAUUCUAAGCCGCACGGUUCCUGGGGGCGAGCGCAAAAACGGACGCAGGGCCCUGCGCCCGAUCAUCGAACGGAGAGGGUUUUCCGCGAUGAUAACCGAGUACCGCCUGCAAGCAGGCUAAGAAGCCUCUAAACAUAGGUGUAUAACUUAUAAAUAGCUCGAAAGGGCUCUGAGAACGAGUUUUGAGCCACAGGAUUCCCAACCAUAAAUAACCACCCUAGCAAGAUAUAAUGAGGUCAGUCACUCAAGCUUGUUGCCUGAUCUCAUUGCUAAAUAUAAUCGCAUCGACGCCAUUCUACGAUAACGUAUUAUAUCAUAUUACUAGAUGUUGCGUUAUGCUCCUAUGUAAUAUAUUCGUGCGUUCUCUCAGGCUCUGUACACAAUAGGAUUUGAACUAAGAUUGUUUAGGAGUUUUGGGCCUCUUCGUCUCCCUCGCAGUCGCAAGGGAGAUCCCUACGGCUGCAAGAGACCCCUCAUUAGGUGGCUCUGUACUUUUACGUACAAUAGGAUUCUCACUUAGAUUGGUCAGGAAUGCGAUGGCUCUGUGUUUCUCCGUAUUUUUCAAUGGAGCAAACGUGUAUGUAUAUAUUUGAAUUACACCUAUUUCAAUAAACGUUGUCAGUGCAAAAGGCGAAUGGCAAUUGGCAAAUGGCAGUUCUAAGACCAAUAACUGCUUAUGGGCAUAAUUAUUUGUAAGAAUAAAGAUUAUAAGUAAUAUCGCAGAAAUUAUCCACAUGUUCCUACAGUCAGUAGAAAUUUGACAAGCACCAUGGCAUUUUUUGAUAGAACAACUGUCAUUUGACAAUCGCAAUUUGCCGUUUGCACUGACAACGUUAUUUGAAAUAGGUGUAUACGAGACCAUUUGCUAGUGACUAUUGGCCGUUAUUGAAGUCAAACAAGCUUGACUGUUUAGUUUUUAUAUUUUAUUUUGUCUCUAAAAUUUGCCUCUAGAAGUAGCUUGCCGCACUGUUGGUUUGACGGUCGCACCAGUAGAUUGACAGCCAAGGGUCAAAUACUCUAAUGGGGGAAAUAUGUGGACACUGGAGCUAGGAAGAACGGUUCCAUGUUGCUUUGAGAUAUUCUCGUCGAAUCGAAAUUUUACACAUUCAUAUGGUUUUAUUUAUAUUAUUUUAUUUAGUGACCGCACGGAGUUAUUUAUUUAAACAUUUCUUAGCGUUAGCGUAUUUAUUACCACGGACAUGUAUCUAACCGCAAAAAAUAAAAUCGAGUAAUUAUGA